AUGGACUUCGCUCACCAAGCCUUAGUCGAUAAUGUGCCAUUAACGAAGCGUGACAUGUACUACAAGGAUGUCCCCCUCUUCAAAACUCAGGGAACUGUUGAUCGACUGGUCGAUGAUCUUGCCGUGACAUUGGGCCUAGAACGGGCCGACCUCAAAAUUCGCGCUGCAUCGAAGGGCCUUCUAUGCGGUACUGGACUGACAAUUCACCUUCUUGAUGGCGAAGCGAUUUCUAUUAAUGACUUAGAGGGAACUUUGAUACCUACGGGUGAAACCAUAGAGCGAUUUGAGCUGAAAGGGGAUAUUUCAUGGGUUCUUGUGGUCGAAAAAGAGGCCGUCUUUCAAACACUGUGUCGUUUUCAGUUUGCAAGCCAUCAAUCGCUCCCCGGUCCCGGGCUCAUAAUCACUGGUAAGGGAUAUCCCGACGUGGCUACUCGACAACUGGUGAAAACCUUGUCAGACAACCUUCCGGCGCACAUUCCAAUCGUUGCACUUGUCGAUAGUGAUGCGUAUGGACUCGACAUUCUAUCGGUGUACAAGUUCGGCAGCCACAGCCUACGACAUGAGAACAAAAAACUCGCAGCAAAACGAAUCGAAUGGCUUGGCAUCUGGGCAUCUGAAAUUGCAGACCUUGAAAUUGACUUGGAUACACUGAUCCCGAUCACGUUGCAUGAUGAGAAGAAGGCAGGUGUGAGUUUCAUACCGCAACUCGAUACUGAAUGUGCCUACAGAAAAGAGCUCACACGGAUGCUCCACAUCCGAAGGAAGGCUGAAAUCGAGAUUCUGUCGAGCUCCUCAAGUCAAAAGUCUAACUCCCUUAUACAUUACCUGGCUCAUAAAAUCCGCCACUUUAUCGAGAUGUCUACCUGA